AUGCUGCGCCCGCAGGACUGGACCAGCCGAAGGCUUGGCAGACGCGCAGAGGACGGGCGCAUACGACAUGCGACGCUGGCAGCUGGCAGGAUGGCCGUCUCGGCGAAAUGCAGCGGCCUCUGGACGUUCUGUCCUCUGUCAGCUCUGGCCGACUGGCGUCUGAUCGGACUGUUCUCUCACCUAUUUGCGGCGUACGACAUGGCCACACACAAGACGGGCGAUGAUGCUGAGCUGUCGGACAGCGUGGAGAUGGCAGCAGCAGCAGCAGCAGAUGGACAGCAGCAGCGGACCUGGCGACAGCGGGUGUUGGCGGUGGUAUGGGACUCUCUGGACAAACCGGCAGUGGAGCGGCGAUUGGUAGCGAAGCUGGACUGGAUUCUGCUGAGCUAUGUUUGUUUGGCAUACUUUGUCAAGUACCUGGACCAGACGAACGUGGCGAACGCGUACGUGUCGGGGAUGAAGGAGGAGCUGGGGCUGGGCGGCAACGACCUGAACCUGCUGACGACAGUGUGGACGGCAGGCUACGUGGUCGGACAGGUGCCGUCGCAGCUGGUGAUGACACGGGUUCCAGCACGGCUCUGGUUGCCGGCGCUGGAGCUGGGCUGGAGCGCGGGGACGGCGGCGGUGGCGGGAGCACGUGACCGGCACGUGAUCUUAGGUUUGCGGUUUGUGAUCGGGUUGCUGGAGGCGUCGGCGUACCCGGGCGUGAUGACGCUGCUGGGAAGCUGGUACCGACCGGAGGAGCUUGCCAAGCGGGCCUGUCUGUUCCAGGCGUCGAGCAGCGUGGCCCAGAUGGUGGGUGGCUACGUGCAGGCCGGCCUGUAUGCGCAUUUGGACGGCGCGAGAGGGCUGGCGGCCUGGCGCUGGCUCUUUGUGCUGGACGGGUUGCUGGGCCUUCCGGUGGCGCUGUACGGCUUUGUGGCCGUGCCGGACAGCCCGUCGACGACGCGGGCAUACUGGCUGCGGCCGGCCGAGCGGGCGUCCACGCUGCAGUCGCUCGCCAACCUCUUCCGCGAGUGGCCCGUCUACCUUUUCACGGCCUCGUUUGUGUGCUACAUCCAGGCGACGCGCGUGUAUGCGUACUUUGGGGUCUGGCUCAAGGCGACGCACCGCUUCAGCGUGGAGCAGGUCAACGAGAUUCCGACGGCCGGCUUCGGUUUUCUGGUGGUCUGCACGCUGCUGGCGGCCUGGACCAGCGACGGACUGCAGGCACGAUGGCCGGUUGUGGUGGCGCUCGCGUCGGUCUCGUUCGUCGGUGCGGUCGUGCUCGCGGUGUCGGUGCAUCGGCCGGCCGACAGCCAGAAUUGGGGGGCGGUCGUGGCCGGGUUUCUGCUGACGUACGUGACGACGGCAUCGGCCGGCAUCUACAUGGCGUACAUGAGCGAGGUGUUUGCCUACAACGGGCUGCACCGGGCCGUGGCCAUUGCGCUCGCCGACACGGUGGCAUACGUGUUUGUGGCCUGGCUGCCGCUUGUCGUCUUCGACGCGGCCGAGGCGCCGUACUUUGCCGUUGGCUACACGGUCACGGCCGUGUUCCUCGUGCUGCAGAUCGGCACGAUCCUGCUGGUGCCGGUGGCGCGACGGCGCUGGCCCGUGGGCCAAUACGAGGAGGGCUGUGCAGACUCGGAGGCGGUGGUGGUGCAUUCCAAGACGACUGUAUAG